UACGUUGCCUAGCAACAACCAUUACCGUAUAGCCCGUCUCGGAGGCAAUCUACUGCGCACCGUCCUACCCCCUAAUCCUCUGUCAUAACCACAUUUUCCUGCUCAAAAGCUUCAAGGAUCGUGUCAGCCUUUCGCUUCAGAAAAAGAAGGAUCGUCAUUCCAGGCCCCAUCAUCAUGCAGGCAGCCGCCGCCACGGCGCCCGCCCCGCCGCCGCGCCGCCGGGUGUACACGGCCCUGGACCCGCGGUGCGAGUGGACGAGCACGGAGGAAGCCGACACGCUCGCCGUCGACGUGUCAGGGUUCAGGAAGGAGGAGCUGAGGGUCCUGUACAUCACCCGCCGGAAGCUGAAGGUCACCGGCGAGCGCCAGGUCGGCGGCGCCCAAUGGGCGCGCUUCCUCAAGGUGUUCCCGGUCCCCAGGAGCUGCGACGCCAGCGCCAUCCAGGCGAAGAUGAACAUAGAGAGCGCCCGGCUCUUCGUCAUCCUGCCCAAGGGAUCUGCAGCGGCGGCGGCGGCGUCCAAGGACAAGCACAAAGAGCACCGGCCUGGGAGAUCCCAGACUCUUGGGGAGCUGAUGAGGCCGAGCAAUGCGGAUGACACAUCAGGUAGCAGCAGUGGCAGCAUGUGGAGCGCCCAAGAAGGUCCAGGGAAGGGCAAGGUUGAAGACAAGGAACGUAGACAAGAUCAGGCUGCGGAGGAACCGAGACAAGAUCAGGAGAUGUCCAUACAAGAUUUGCCAAGAAGUGACGGCGAUGCAAAUGAAACUGCCACCAGGAACAAUGACGAUGAUGAUGAUGGCAAGGGUGAGAGCAAGAGAUGGUGGAAGAAGAUCAGAGUUCUCCAUGUUCUUGGCUUCGUUCUCGUCCUUGCAUUGGUGGGUGUUGGUGCCACUAUCCUGUAUAUAGUGUUGAUGUGAAGAGCGUGUAACAGUUGUGUGUUCAAAUGUAUCAUGUGCAAACGCAACAUGGAAAUCCUCCUACAAAGGAAAACCGAAAGAUGGCAGGUAGCUGGUGAUGCAAUUUGAGGACUGCAUAUUUCAUUUCUGUUUAUACCCAAAGCUCAUGCCUGAAAACAGCCUAAAAGAAAAGACACACCAAACAUAGAAUACAACUAUAACAGCAUACCAUACCAAUGAGACUAACCUAACCAUGGAACAGGGAUGAGACCCAAAUUAUUCAAAAACAAUUGGCCCUGUUGGCUUUGUGAUCAACAAACCGUGGAGCUAACAAACAACUCAUUUCGCGCUGGCAAGCUGGGUGCGGAUGAGCUUGGUUGCAGAAACCAUGUUGGUCAGGGCGGGCUUCACCUCUGUGUACUUGCGGGUCUUGAGACCACAGUCAGGGUUCACCCAUAGGAUGUUGGUGUCAAGCACGGCAAGCAUCUUGUUAAUACGGUCAGCGAUCUCCUCGGUAGAUGGGAUCCUGGGAGAGUGGAUG